AUGUUACUGGGAGGCUGCCUUCACUAUGGACUAGAGCACUAUGAAGUGGCCCUGGAAUGGUUCUCGAGGAUCCUAGAGAUAGACUCGAGUCAUGUCGAGGCUAUUACUAAUAUGGCCGCCACCAUGUUUUGCCUCAGUCGACAGGCCGAAGCUGAACAGCUUUGGCUCAGGGCGGUCAAGCUACGUCCCAGCUACCUAGAGGCUACUGAGCAUCUGGUGGGCCUCUUGUACAAGAGGCGGAGUAGAGAGGCCGUCGAGGUCAUCUCCUAUGUACAGCGAGCCUUGAGGAUCUCAUUGCCGAGAGGCCAUGAAUGUGGCCAUGCAGAAGGCCGGGAUCAUGAUCUAAGCGGGUAUGCGCUGCCGGCAAGCGAGAAUGCCAGGAUACUCGCCCUCGUCCAUGCCAAAGGAACGAUGCUCUACAGUUUGAAAGAUGUUGAGAAAGCUUCCGAAGCGUUUGAGGAGGCCGUGUUGAUCAGUGUUGGACGGCGGCUGGACGGCAUACAGGAUCUGAUACGACGCGUUCAGGCUGUCUUGUCGCCCGCGGACCCCAACUCGGCCUCGGCUGGCUCCGAAGAUCGAGCAUUGCGCCCCCUUAUGUUGCCACCGGAAAGGGCUCGACGCACGGCUCAGCUCGUGUUUAGCGGGGGCGGCGAGCUGCCUGGUCUCCUUUUCGUACGGAAUGCGGUUUCGAAACGGGCAGCGAUACAGACAACCAGCAACUCACUUCUUUCGCUUGCCAAGAUUUUCCAAGACGCCAUGUCUAGUGGCAGCGCGACUUCACGCACGCCGUCAAGUGUUGGCGACAUUCUGGCUCUCUACUACCUUUCGCUCUCUCUCCAAGAGAGCCCCUCCACGGCGAAUAACGUCGGCAUUCUGCUUGCCGGGAUUCAGCAGACGGCGCUGUGGACGUCCAAGACAUUCGUGAGAGACUUUCCUCAAGCAAGCCUGCCGGGCAUCACCCCGGGGAGUGGCAUGGCCCUCGCCCUGGCGUAUUACAACUAUGGCUUGCGGCUGGACUCAAAGCAUGUCCAUCUACACACUAAUCUUGGCAGCCUCCUGAAGGACAUUGGCCAGUUGGAUCUCGCGAUACAGAUGUACGAGCGCGCCGUCUCGUGCGACGGAACAUUCGACAUUGCCUUGACAAACCUUGCCAACGCAGUCAAGGACAAGGGCCGAAUCAACGAUGCCAUCGCAUACUAUCGUCGUGCCGUGACCUCGAAUCCAGAUUUUGCCGAGGCGGUGUGUGGCCUUUUUACGGCACUCAACUCCGUCUGCAGCUGGCGGGGCCGCGGCGGGGUGAUGCUGGCUUCGGGCAGAUACGACCGAUGGCAUGUUGACGACGAAGGGAAACUUGUCGACGCCCGGGCGAGUUGCAGUGGGGGCGGCCUGGCCGGGCGCGUUGUGGACAUUGUGGCCCAGCAACUCAGGGAUGCCUCGCGCUGGGGUCAGCAUGCGCUCCAGGGACCAGUUGUCGGUGCUUUGGUUGAGCAGCUCAAGCAUCUCUGCGAAGACGAGUCCUUUCAGCUAGACGAGGCGAUUCGGCAAUGGGCGGGAAAGCCUUGGGAAGGGUCACGAGUAAUACGCCUGGUGGAGCGAGCUACACGGGUGGCUCUCCGCAGAUGGUAUUUGGACCUCUACGUCGAUGGCGCAGGAUCGAAAUCGCCGUACGCCAGGGCACAACCACCUCCCAAUCUGACGGUCCCCGCCGCACCGACUGUCCUCCCUUUCCAUACCUUCACUUGCCCGCUAUCUGCCAGCGACAUACGGGCGAUAUCUCAGCGUAAUGCGAUGCGGAUAUCCUGUUCCACUCUGCGAUCGCCCUGGCUCCCGGCCACGGUGUACCCGCCGCCGCCGCCGCCGAAACCUCAGCUGAACGUUGGUUACAUAUCUUCAGACUUCAACAACCAUCCCCUGGCUCACUUGAUGCAAUCAGUCUUCGGCCUUCACAACCCGAUGCGUGUCCGGGCGAUCUGCUAUGCCACAACGCCCAGCGACAGGUCCGUUCACAGGCAGCAGAUUGAGAGAGAAGCUCCCGUGUUUCGUGAUGUCAGCAACUGGUCGCCGGACAAACUGAUUGAGCAAAUUACCCGAGACCAUGUGCAUAUUUUGGUUAACCUCAACGGCUAUACCAGAGGGGCCCGGAAUGAGGUCUUUGCUGCCAGGCCGGCACCGAUUCAAAUGUCCUUUAUGGGUUUUGCGGGCAGCCUGGGGGCCGAAUGCAACGUCAGGAUCGAGGACGUGUUCCACGACAGCACGGAAGGUGGCGAAGGUGAAUGGAUGUACUCUGAGAAUAUCAUCUUUUGCCGCGACACCUUUUUCUGCUGCGAUCAUGCGCAGUCGUGCGCAAGCAGUGAGAAGGAAAUUACAUGGGAAGAAGAGAAGCGCCGGAGGUGGAGCAUGCGCAGGGAGCUCUUUCCGAGCAUAGCAGAUGAGGUCGUCAUCAUGGGUAACUUCAAUCAGUUAUACAAGAUUGAGCCGACAACGUUUCGGUCAUGGCUCCGGAUCUUGUCGCGGGUUUCGAAUGCCGUGCUUUGGCUCCUUCGUUUCCCCGAACCUGGCGAAAGCAACCUGCGGGCGACGGCCGAGGCGUGGGCAGGAUCCGAAGUUGCGAGCCGCCUCAUCUUCACCGACGUUGCUCCGAAGAAUCAGCACAUUUCGCGCGCCCGAGUGUGCGACCUCUUCCUUGACACACCCGAAUGCAAUGCUCAUACAACAGCUGCAGACGUGUUGUGGUCCAGCACGCCGCUGCUGACUCUCCCGCGCUACCCUUUCAAGAUGUGCUCGCGCAUGGCUGCUUCGGUACUGCGCGGGGCCCUACCACAGUCAGCCGAGGGUCGCCAGGUGGGGCGGGAAUUGAUUGCAGAGGACGAGGCGCAAUACGAACAGAUGGCGGUGGAGCUAGCGGGCAACCUGGCUUAUGUGGACAUGGGCGAGGAGGGGCUCAAGGAGGGCCGAGGCAGACUGGCAGAGAUACGCCAGCUUCUGUGGGAUUGCAAAUGGCGCUGCGGGCUGUUCAACACACGACGUUGGGUGGAGGAUGUCGAAGGUGCAUACGAGGAGUCGUGGCGGCGAUGGGUGGAUGGGGUAGGAGGCGACAUAUACCUGUGA